GAAUCUGCACCAUACUGUUUGAAACAAGAAUGGGCUGUUUGGAGGAAACUAUUCCCGAGGAGACACAGAAGUUUAUUGCGUCUGUCCUUGAGAUGUUCUACUACUCAGCUUUACUCCCUUUCAUUCCCAAAGCAAUGUGGAAGUACAUUCAGGCCUGGGAAAAGUUUAUAGCUGCGUGGGACUAUAUCUUUUAUAUCACUGAGAAGCUCGUCAACAAGAAGAUAAAGGAGAUCCAGGAGAAAAUGGAGAAAGGAGAAGAAGUGAGUGGGGAAUAUCUCACAUACCUGUUGACCAACACCAAAAUGACGCCCUCGGACAUCUACGGCAGUUUGUCUGAAUUACUGAUAGCUGCAGUGGAUACGACAUCAAAUACAACCUCUUGGAUCCUGUACAAUCUGGCAAAGGAGUCAUCCAUUCAGCAGCAACUGUAUGAAGAAAUCAACAGCGUUACUCCUGGAGACCAAAUUCCACUCGCCAAGGAUUUCAGCGACAUGCCCCUGUUGAAAGCGGUGGUCAAAGAAACCCUUCGGUUGUACCCAGCGGUGCCUGGCAAUGCUCGUAUAAUAGCGGAGAAUGAUCUCACGGUUGGAGGAUACCACUUUCCUAAAAACACUCUCUUCCACUUCUGUCACUAUGCUGUGGCUCUGGACGACAGCAACUUCAAGGAACCACAGCGCUUCCAGCCCGAACGCUGGCUCCGUGGCAUGGCCGGGGUGAAGAAGCCUCACCCCUUUGCUUCCAUCCCCUUUGGAUAUGGCACCCGUUCCUGUCUGGGGAAACGCGUGGCUGAGCUGGAGAUGUACAGUGUGGUCUCGCAGCUGAUCAAGAACUUUGAAGUCCGACCAGAUCCUUCGGGAAGAGGGGUUAAGGCCAAAACCAGGACACUGCUUGUCCCUGGAAGCUCCAUCAACUUGCAGUUCAUCGACAGGGUGUGAAUGACAUCUCAACUCCUUCCUGUCCUUCUCCCUGGGUCUGUCUUUUGAGGCUAGCAACUCCUGUCAUACCAGACUAAUGAACACACCAUCAAGGCAGAGCGGUCGGCUCUCUCAUCAGGCUCUAUGUGCCUCUUCCACCCCCUCCCCCCCCGCCUCCAUUUCCCAAUACGGUUCAAAGUUCAAACGUUAAAAGCAAAUUCAUUAUCAAACUCUGUAUUCCAAAUACAACUUAGAGAUUCAUUUACUUGCAGGCAUCCACAGGAAAAUAAAGAAAUAAAACAGAAUCCAUGGAAAACCAGACAGACUCCCUCAGAGUGAGUCUACAGGCUGUGGAGUCAGUUCCACACUAAGGUGAGUGAAGCCAUCCACGUUGCUCCAGCCACCCAAUGGCUGUUCCUGAACCUGGUGACGUGGGACACAAGACUCCUGCACCUCCCAUUCAAUGGCAGUUGCAAGAAGAGAGGGAGAUGGGUCAAACACAGGCAGGCAGGGUGGGCUGAGAUGGGGGAUCUUGGCCUCAUGGUGUAAUUGAUUGAUUCUUGUCAGUUCUGCUGAGGUAGAGUGAAGAACUUUUCAUGCCAUCCAUUUCAUCAGAUUAGUACAUUGAACCAGUACAACAGGAAAAACAGAAUAAAGUGUUACAGUUAGAGAGAAAGUGCAAUGCAGGCGGACAGUAAUAUGCAAGUCCAUGACGAGGUAGAUUGUGAGGUCAAGAGUCUGAAAGCACGUACCACCACGAUCAAGGACACCUUCUAAUCUGCUGUUAUUAGACUCUGUCCUCCUCUGUGCUUCAACUUUCAUUCUUUGACCUCUGGACUCGCCAGCUCGAGAAUCAACCUCCAGAAUUGCUGACCUUGAGGCUUUGACCUCUAGACUUACUGACAUUGGGUCUUUGAUCUCCAGACUCACUGACCUUGAGGCUUUGACCUCUAGACUCACUGACAUUGGGUCUUUGAUCUCCAGACUCACUGACCUUGAGGCUUUGUCCUCCAGUCUUCAACUUCUGCACUCGCCAGCCUCUGGGCUUUGAGCCACACCCUCAGUAUUUGCCAAUCAUCCUCAUGCCUCCAAAACCAGGACUCACUAACCUUGGACCUCCGACCCCAGAACAAGAACCGAGUGUCCUGUAUCCACAUAGUACUUUCAUACUUUCACCCAGCAGCUCUCUCACACGGCAAUCAUAUGUGAUACAGCUUUGGGCUCUUGUUGAGAGUUACAUGUUAACCUGUGAGUGCAGAUGAAGUUAAUUGUACUUUCGAUAGUCAAAAUGUAACUUUGGGCCUGAGAUCUCUUGACCUGUAUUUUCAGCCUGUGUAUCUAUGAAUGUUAGAACAUAGAACAGUUCAGUAUUCGGCCAUUUAGCUGACAAUGUUGUGCCAAACCAGCUAAAAAUCAAAUCAAAAGCACCCAAACACAAAUCUCCCCUACCUACACCAUGACCAUAUCCUUCCAUCUUCCUCACAUCCAUGUGCCUAUCCAAAAGUCUCUUAAAAUCCUCAGAUGUAUUUGCCUCUAUACCAGGCAGCACAAUCCAGGCAUCCACAACUUUCUGAGUAGAAAAAAACUUACCCCUCUAUCCCCUUUGAACCUACCCCACUCUCACCUUCAAUGCAUGCCCUCUGGUAUUAGACAUUUCUACCCCAGGAAGCAGAUACUCUCUGUCCACUCUAUCUGUGCCUCUAUCAGAUAGAGUGUAAACCUCUAUCAGAUAUCCCCUCAGCCUCUGACGCUCCGGAGAAAAUAACCCAAGUUUAUCCAGUCUCUCGUGAUAGCACAUGUCCUCGAAACCAGGCAGCAUCCUGGUAAACCUCUUCUGCCCCUCUCCAAAGCCUCAACAUCCUUCCUGUAGUGGGAUCACCAGAACUGUAUGCAAUACUCAAGAUGUGGCCUGACCAGAGUUUUAUGAAGUUGCAACAUAACCUCCUGACUUUUGAACACAAUACCUCGACUAAUAGAAGCAAGCAUUCCAUAAGCCUUCUCAACCAGCUUAUCGACCUGUGUAGCCACUUUCAAGGAGUUAAGAAUCCCAAGAUCUCUUUGCUCAGCAACACUGUUAACAGUGUCCUGUCUUCUGGCACUUGCCCCACCGAGGUGCAACACCUCACAUUUACCAUUUCUCUGCCCAUAACUGUAACUGAUCUAUAUGGUGCUGUUUUCUUUGCCAGUCUUCUACACUGUCCACAACUCCACCGAUUUUGGCAUCAUCCACCCAUAUAUAUUUUCAUCCAGAUCAUUUAUAUACUGUAUUAACCUUUUUAUUUGUUACCUGUUUAUAUAUUAAUCUUUUUCUUUGUUACCUGUUAGGUCAAAAUAGAAAGCAAAAGAAUAUCAGAAUUUUUAAUUAUGUGUUAACCCUUUAAAUUGCCUGUAGUUACUGAAUGAUGUUUAUCUACAAAAUGUACGCGCAUUUACUUUCCCUUUUAGGAACAAUAAAACCAGAGUCAACUUUAUCAU